AAUGAAAACUUUAUUAAGUGUCCGCAGACUGCCUUAGCUUGGUCCUCAAGAAAGCAUAGUCUGAUGCAAGAAAUUUUAAGGAGUAAAGCCGAUAUUAUCUGUCUAGAAGAAGUUGACCAUUAUUCAGAUUUUUUUCAACCUAUCCUAACAUCUCUGGAUUACAUUGGUUUUUUCGUACCUAAACCUGAUUCACCCUGUCUUUUAUACGAUGAAAAUAACGGUCCAGAUGGAUGUGCAUUAUUCUUCUCAGCCAAAAAGUUCUCCUUAAUUUUACACGACCAGUUCAUCCUUCGGAAGAAUGACGGAGAUACCAAUCAAGUCGCAAUCGUUAUAUUAUUAGAGACUACCUUUUUACCUGAGUCAAAGAAAAUUUGUAUCGUUUGCACUCACUUAAAAUCUCAUUCUAGCGAAUGGUGUGAAAACAUACGUAAGGAACAAAGUGCAUUUUUGCUGAAUAAAGUUGGUCAGCUAAUUAACUUCGAAUAUAUUCCUAUUAUCAUAUGUGGGGAUUUUAAUACCGAUCCAAAUACUCCAACUUAUACAAACUUUGCAAACUUUCAACCAUGUCAUCUUAAAAGUGCUUAUGCAUUAAACGGUGAAGAACCUAAAUUUACUACUUGGAAAUUUCGCCCUAAAUGUCAAGUGUGUCAUACGAUCGAUUAUAUUUGGUUUUCUGAUAAAUUUUUAAAGCGCGUUCAAUUCCUUGCCAUACCAACAAUGUCGGAAAUUGGCCCAAACGCUUUGCCAGCUGAGCAUUACCCAUCAGAUCACAUGUCACUGGUUGCUGAAUUUAAGUAUAAUUAA